AUGAUGAACGCCAAGGAAGCCCCGCGCUACAAGGGAUUCUUUAAGAUCUUCUUCUUCUCCCUGCUGGCGAUGGUUUUCGGGUUCCUCUGCGGGCUCGGUGCCCUGAAGGCAGACGCGCUGACCUCGUCGAAGCUGGCCAUCCUGCGUGCGCAUGAUCGGCAGCUGCUCGUCGAGGUCGGCAAGACGUCCGAUGUGCUCGCGGAUUACGGCGAGCGCGAGCGCUAG